AUAACGGAUCCUCGCAUUGGCUGGCCAUGAACCUACAGCGACACCUUUCGAGAACCGCGCAAACCAACCUGACAUACUAUAAUCGCACAAUUGCCUCCGGAAAACCUCUCCAAGACCUGGGCGCCAGCCCCGCGAUAAAUCUGCUUGAACUUGUGGACAAAUGCGAUGUGAUCUUUACCAUGCUCGCGAACGAUCGUGUUCUCACAGAAACGGUCCAGUCCAUCGCCGAUUCAUUUAUCUCCAUUACGAGCAAGAUAUUUGUCGACUGCUCGACCGUCCAUCCAGAUACAACAGAGAGCGUAUCUCGCACGAUCUCCGGUCUCGGGGCAGUCUUCUUAUCGGCCCCAGUGUUCGGUGGGCCCGCGAUUGCAGCAACAGGUCAACUUGUCUUCGCUAUAGGUGGGCCUGGACCGGCGGCCGCGGGAUGUGGUGAGGAACCGAAGAUUGCGUCAUUGUUGAAGAUUGGAGAGAACAUUAUCACCCUAAAUUUGAUGGAGGCAGUCGGAGAGGCGCAGGUGUUUGCGGAGCACACGGGGCUGGGAACUACCGCUAUAGAGGAGCUGAUAACCGAGUCGUUCGGUGGAGUAGCCGGUGGCUAUUCGAAGCGGUUGACAAGCGGAAUCCACCCCACCCCCCGUUAG